UUACAAUCUCGAUCAAGAAUUCAUGAGAAUAACCAAUUAAUUCAAGUCAUACGUCAUAAAAUGUUGUAUACAAUAAUAUAGAGUCAUUCUCGAUUCAACGAUGCUUCGUGAAGUUGCCUUGAAUAAUUUCAAAAGAAGAUACUAGACUAAUGACGUUAGCAAAAAAGCAAGAAAAAAUUUUGUUUACGUAUAAAGAAAGUAGUUUAUGUGGGAAAAAUGCACAUAUACAUAAUACCAUACAAGCAUAGUGAUCAUUGUCACGCAUGCUCGAAUGCGUUUUAAAUGUCAAAACCGUGCGAAUUUAUCCACAUUUUAUUCGCAUCGAGAAUCGGUGAGAUUAUCCCAACUGUAGAGUUCGUAUAAGUAAUGUCCUUGCUGCGUGCCCUGCACGACUAUCAAAGUGCUAUGGCCAAACCGUGUUACAAGCUGAGAACUUCUCUCUUCGGACACACAUCCGACGUGAGAGCUAUAGCGACUUUCGCUGACGGAACUAUAGUUUCUACUUCGAGGGAUGAGACUGCACGUAUUUGGAAAUCAUGCGGGAAUAAUAAAAAUUAUGAACACACUGGAACUUUGGAAGGACACUCCAACUUUGUCACUUCUGUGUGCGUUAUAAAUCCUUCAGAGCAAAAUCCCAUAGGUUUUAUUAUCACUGGUAGUCAUGAUAAAACCAUACGUAUCUAUGUUUCACACCAAACAGAGCCCAUAAACAUUAUAAAAAGUCACCAGGAUACUGUUUGUAAAUUAACAACUGGUACAAAAGAAGGAACAUUCUUGUCAAGUUCCUGGGACAUGAGUGCAAAAUUGUGGAGCCUGAGUGACUUAAGUAAACCACAAUUAAACUUGCUAGGUCAUACAGCUGCUGUAUGGUGUGUAGCAGACUUGUCAAGUGGAUCUAUUGUAACUGGAUCAGCAGAUAAGCUUGUUAUAAUAUGGGCAAGUGAUGGUUCAGUACAACACAAAUUAACUGGACAUACAGAUUGUGUUCGUGAUAUUUCUGUAAUAAGUAGCAAUGAAGUUUUAUCUUGUGCCAAUGAUGCCACUGUACGUCAUUGGAACGUGUCUCUUGGAACUUGUUUAGGAACUUAUUGUGGACAUGAGAAUUAUAUCUAUAGCAUUUUAGCCUUAGAAAAUGGUACAAGUAUAUUUACUUGUGGCGAAGAUCGGACACUUAGGAUAUGGCAUAAUACAGAACUAAGUCAAACCAUUACUUUACCCACCCAAUCUGUGUGGUGUUUGGCUUCACUUCCUAAUGGUGAUAUAGUUACUGGAAGUUCUGAUGGAGUUGUUAGGAUAUUUACAUGUAAUCCUGAAGAAUAUGCAGACUCAGAGGCAUUGCAAGAAUUUGAGCAGCAAGUAGCCAAUGUUAAGCUUAAUGCUCAACAAGAGCUAGGUGGGAUCAAAGUUAAGGAUUUACCAGACGCAAAAACCUUGCUACAACCUGGCCAAAGAGACGGUCAAACCAAAAUAGUAAACGAUGGAGAUGCUAUAAGAGCAUAUAGCUGGUCACAAAAUGAACAAAAAUGGAUAAAGAUCGGUAACGUCAUGGGCGCUUCGGGUGGUAGCGUAGCUACAUCUGGAAAACAGCUUUAUAAUGGCAUAGAGUAUGAUUAUGUGUUCUCUGUAGACAUACAGGAUGGUGUUCCUCCAUUAAAAUUGCCCUAUAAUAAUGAUCAGGAUCCUUGGCACGUUGCGCAGAAGUUCCUUCACGAUAACAGUCUUAGUCAAUUAUUUCUAGAUCAGGUUGCAAAUUUUAUAAUAAAAAAUUCUCAAUCUGCACCAGUUAUGAAAACUGAUGCUCAAUAUGCUGAUCCUUUCACAGGAGGCAGUAGAUACAUUCCUCAAUCAACAGCAAAUACAACAUCACAAGAAUCUACCAGACCAGACACACCAAACUCCUCAGACACAACCGCACCGUCUUAUAUUCCUCAUACAAAAUACUUGAAACUGGAACAGGCUAAUCUUUCUCAAAUUUUAGAGAAACUAAAAGAAUUAAAUGGCAAACAAAGUGAUCCUCUCAAGGUGUCAAGUGACAAAUUGGAGUCCUUGGUGAAACUUGCUGGAGACCAAGCUCCUGAACAAUUGAAAACUGAUACAUUGAACAUUUUGAAGACACUCUUGAAUUGGCCAGACGAUGUAUUGUUUCCUGUACUCGACAUUACUAGGCUCGCAGUACUCUGUAGAGAAGUAAAUGAUGUACUAUGUACAGAGGAGCUUCUACAGAUUGUAAAGAAGCAUAUCGAAUCUAACGCGCUUCCUUCCAACCAAAUGCUUACUUUCCGUUUGCUGGCGAAUAUGUUCAGUCACGAAAGAGGUGAAAAACUAUGUCUUAAUUCUAAAGAUGAGAUAUUGAAACUUCUAUCAGAGUUGGAGUCACUUACAAACAAAAAUAAUCAGGUGGCAAUUUCAACAUAUAUAUUGAAUUUAACUGUGGCUCUGAAUAAAUAUAAUGAUACUCUCGGUAAAACACAAUGUUUAAAUGCAAUGUUCUCUGUGUUACCACGUUUAAACGAGCCUGAAGCAGUGUUCAGAACUCUUGUUGCAAUGGGAACGCUUUUAAGUACAACAUCAAAUUCAGAAGAUCAAAAUAAUUUAAUAAAAGCAGUACGACAAUCGGAAGUUGCGUUAAAUAUACUUCAAACUAUGUCAGAAAUUCGAGUUCCAACAAACAAGCUAGCAAAUUGUUCGAAACAGAUAAUCAGUUUAAUUAUUUAAAACAUAAAAUAUAUAUGAAAAAGAAAAUUGAAAAAGAAACAAUUACACGCGGAAUCCAAGACUUGAAAACAGUUAAGUGUUGUAAUUAACAAAACAUUUCUCACCAAUAUUGCGUUAAAUAGGUUUCUUAUAUUUUUUGCAAUCUGAUGAUUUAAACAUUAUAAUUAUCUCAUUGCUAAUAAAAGUACAUUUUGCCAUA